AACCACCAACCAUUUGAACAUUCAUGAUGAUCAGUUUGGCUUUAGGCCGGGCUUAUCUACUGAAAGCGCAGUGUUGUGUCUCAAGCAGACUGUCCAUUACUACACCACUCGUAAGACGCCAGUCUUCGCCUGCUUCUUGGAUCUGUCAAAAGCUUUUGACAUGGUGGCAUAUGACAAGCUAUGGCAUAAGUUACGCGAACGUACCAGCGUACCUCGUGAGGUCACAGCUUUAUUUAAAUAUUGGUACGGCCACCAGUCGAAUACUGUAAAAUGGGCCGGCGUGCACUCUGACGUGUAUAGGAUGAACUGCGGGGUUAGGCAAGGGGGGUUGAGCUCACCUAAGCUGUUCAAUCUAUACAUGAACGAGCUAAUCGAGGAGCUCAGCAGUACCUAUGUCGGAUGUCACGUAGACGGGGUGUGUGUUAAUAAUCUCAGCUACGCGGAUGAUAUGGUGCUGCUGAGCCCCUCGGUUGGUGCACUGCAGAGAUUGGUGAAGACAUGUGAAUCAUAUGCAGUUGCCCAUGGGUUAAGGUACAAUACCUCGAAAAGCGAGGUAAUGCAAUUUAAAGCCGGACCAAAAUCAUACAAAAUGACACCUGUUACCCUUUGUGGUACCGCUUUAAAAGUUGUACAGAAGUUUAAGUACCUUGGCCACUGGGUAACAGAAAACAUGUCAGAUAAUGAUGACAUGGAGAGGGAGCGCAGGGCGUUGUGUAUUCGUAGUAACAUGCUGGCCCGCAGAUUUGCUCGUUGUAGUACUGAAGUGAAGUUAACGCUUUUUAAAGCAUACUGCCAAACAUUCUACACGUGCAAUCUGUGGGUCAAUUUCACGCAGCGGGCAUACAACGCACUGCGCGUGCAAUACAAUAACGCGUUUAGAGUGCUGUUUGGGCUGCCGCGUUACUGCAGUGCGUCAACUAUGUUUGCUGAGGCGCACACUGAUAGUUUCGACGCAAUAGUUAGAAAGCGGUGUGCGUCAUUACUAAACCGUCUUCGCAGUAGCCCAAACAGUAUUCUAAACGUGCUGGCGCAGCGCUGGGACUCGCCUUUGUUCGCGCGCUGGGUACGGCUACGGCUGCACGCGCCGUCGCUCGCCGCACCGCGCCGCUUUUAAUUAAUGUUUAUUAUUAUUUUUAUUUUUGUUUGUUGUUAUAGGUGACACUAACAUAGAUUUAUAAGUUUUGCUGUGCUAUGUACUAACACUAAUAUGGAUUGUAUUAUUCGAAUUAAAAAUAUUGAAUUGAAUUGAAUUGAAUUGAAUACCUAAGUACCUACUCACACAAAUAUCACGUUCCGACUAGUUUGCGUUAGGUUUGUAUGCAAUGCAACUUUACAUAGCGCGAAUCGUCGCGCGCUUGUACUACUGACUAAGAGUCUAAUAUUGCUUACCCCGUGCGCCGUAUUAAUUUUGUUAUUACGAGAGUAUGACAGAGUCGAUCGCGGCAACCUGAGAAGUUGCCAUAUAAGAUACACGGGUGCGAGCGAGGCAAAUAUAACAACUUACUUACCUUACUUUAACCAACACAAGCAUUUAUUUUGCUUACAGGGAGGCUCCAUCGCUUUGAUCAUAAUUUACGUGUUUUUGUUGAAUAAAGAUUUU